AUGACUGCGGGCGAGCUAGCGCCUGCCGCUGCCAGCGCCGGGCCGUCGACGGCGGCUGCGGCUGCCGCGACGCCGGCGUCCUCCUCUGCCGACGUGCAGCCGGCGCCGCUGCCGCCGGCUCCCGCACCCGCUCCGUCUUCCUCGUUCCACCUGCCCCCCGCGCCGCCUCACGGGGACCCGCAUAUCGCCGUAGGAGGCAGCGGCGGCACGUGGCUGUGCUGCUUGCCGUGCGGCUGGCUGCGGCGCUCGCGGCCGGUGCGUCGCGCCGCGCUGUCUGCCGCCACGCUGGCCGUCACCUCGCUGCUGGUCGCGUCGCCCGUGCUCUUCCUCAGCGCCGCCGCCCCCACCUCCACGCACCGCCACGACUGCUCCAUGGCAGGCCUGGAGAAGCCGCCGAGACUGAAUGGGCAGCCGCCCAAGAGAGCAGGUGUGGAGCGCGUCUGA